GAUUCUAUUUUUUCCACUUGAAAGGAUGGAAAUUGACCAGUGGUUUACGGUUGGUUAUACGCGGCAGUGAAGAAAAUAACUGUUUACGUGGUUACCAUCUUUCCAUUCGUUCCGGUUUGAAAUCCCGCCUCCAACUUGCGAAUCUCCACGCAAGCCAAAAGCUUCGUGACUAGAUUUUUGACCAGCUUUCAUCGCUCUCCUGUGUUGGAUCAUGCCGCAAACGCUGAUUCAGUCAAAGUCGAUCACAUCGGCUUCGUUUCACAAUCCACUGCCUUUGCAGUGGCAUGCUUACAUCUGGCCUUUUGCCUUAGUGUAUCCGAUCUGGCUCUACAUUUAUCUCUUCCGUUUUGAUGAGUACCUUGGUUCAGAGGAAUGGACAUUUGUCAGUGUUGGCAGCAUAGUUGUUGUCCAGGCCCUCGUCUUCCUCACUGGCCAAUGGAGUGUCUCUAUCAAGGCCAACUUUACCUGUACCAAGGAAUCUGACAUCCACCGCGCAUCUCUUAUCAAAAUUAUUCCUCCCAGAAGCAAGGGAGCUGGCAACUUAUGUAAAAUUCACCACGGAAAACCUACUGUCAUGAACAAGGGAGAGAUUUCCUUUUACUUUCAGCAGAAAAAGUACAUUUGGGAUGCCGAUAAGAAGCAAUUUGUUAAAUUGCGUUAUCCAUCGGACUCUCACCCUCCUAUGAAGACUUUCCAAAACUACAAUGGUUUGACCACCGAAAAGGACAUCGUUGCUGUGACAGAGAAAUAUGAUUUGAAUCGCUUUGAUAUCCCUAUCCCAACUUUUGUUGAACUUUUCAAGGAACACGCCGUAGCACCGUUCUUCGUGUUUCAAAUUUUCUGCGUUGGUUUGUGGUGUUUGGACGAGCACUGGUACUACUCUCUGUUUACUCUUUUCAUGUUGGUUAUCUUUGAAUGCACUGUCGUAUUCCAGCGUAUCAAGACAAUUGGUGAAUUCCGAGGUAUGGGUCAGAAGCCCUACACCGUGUAUGUCAAGCGUCAAAAGAAAUGGAUCCAAGUUCAAAGUGAUGAACUUCUUCCAGGUGAUCUUGUCUCUAUUGUCCGCUCUAAGGAAGACCAAGGUGUUCCCUGCGAUUUGGUUAUUGCUGAGGGUUCCUGCAUUGUCAACGAGGCCAUGUUGUCUGGUGAAUCUACUCCUCUUUUGAAAGAAUCGGUUGCUCUCCGUGAUCCCAAUGAUGAAUUGGAUCUUACUGGUGUUGAUAAGCUGAACGUCCUGUAUGGUGGAACCAAGAUUUUGCAGGUCACCCCACCUGCCAAUGGCAGUGCUCCUGAUGGUGGCUGCCUGGGUGUUGUCGUCCGUACUGGAUUCGGUACCUCUCAAGGAAAGCUCGUUCGUACUAUGAUCUACUCCACUGAGAGAGUGACUGCCAACAACGUUGAAGCUUUGCUCUUCAUUCUUUUCCUAUUGAUCUUCGCCAUUGCCGCUUCUUGGUAUGUCUGGAACAAAGGUGUCGAGAAUGACAGAAACAGAUACAAGCUUCUUCUGGAUUGUAUUCUCAUUAUUACCUCUGUUGUCCCUCCUGAACUUCCCAUGGAGUUGAGUUUGGCUGUGAACACCUCUCUUGUUGCCCUCUCUAAGUUCGCUAUCUUUUGCACUGAGCCUUUCAGAAUCCCCUUUGCCGGAAGAGUCGAUGUGUGCUGUUUCGACAAGACUGGUACUUUGACUGGUGAAGAUUUGGUAUUGGAAGGUGUCUCUGUUGCUGAUGCCAAUGGUGCCAACACCACCUUGAUCCCGGCCACUGAAGUGCCCAAGGAAACUUCGUGGGUUCUUGCUUCUGCACAUGCUCUUGUUCAAUUGGAAGAUGGUAUUGUGGGUGAUCCUAUGGAAAAGGAAACUUUGAAGGCUCUUCAAUGGCAAUUGGGUCCUCACGAUACCGUAUUUCCCAAUGUCAACGAGAAGGGACGUCGUCAAAAUCUUCAAAUUCGUCGCCGCUUCCAAUUCUCAUCUGCUCUGAAGCGUCAAUCGUCCGUCUCUAACCUUGUCCAUCCCGAUUUUGCUCACCACAAGGGCUUUGUUGGUGUUAAGGGUGCUCCCGAAACUCUGAAAACUAUGUUUACAACUGUGCCUAACGACUAUGAAGAAUCCUACAAGUAUUUCACUCGCCGUGGUAGCCGUGUCAUUGCUCUGGGUUACAAAUUUAUUGAAGAACAUCUCACUACUGAUCAGAUCAACAACCUCACUCGUGAAGGCAUUGAAAGUGGUUUGACUUUUGCUGGUUUCCUCGUUUUCACUUGUCCUCUCAAGGAAGAUUCCCGCGAAGCUUUGAAGGAAUUGAAUGAAUCAUCCCAUCGCUGCAUUAUGAUUACUGGUGACAAUCCAUUGACGGCAUGCCAUGUUGCCCGUGAGGUAUACAUUGUCGAACGAGAGGUUUUGAUUUUGGAUGUAAAGGAAGGCGGACGCGGUGAUACCGAUCUUCACUUCCAUAGCAUUGACGACAAAAUCACCAUUGACGUUGACUCCUCUGCUGCUUUCGAUCAAUCGGUUCUGGACAAAUACGAUAUCUGCUUAACUGGACCUGCUAUGUCUCAAUUCAUGGGCAAGCCUAGUAUGACCCAACUCUUGGAGCAUACGUGGGUAUAUGCCCGUGUCUCUCCUUCCCAAAAGGAAUAUUUGCUGACUGGAUUGAAAGACCUUGGAUAUACUACUUUGAUGGCAGGUGAUGGUACCAAUGACGUGGGUGCACUGAAGCAAGCACAUGUUGGUGUGGCAUUGUUGGACGGCACACCUGAAGAUCUCAAGAAGAUUGCUGAACGCCAAAGAAUUGACCGUAUGAAGGAUAUGUAUGAACAACAGAAGAAAAUAGCUGCUCGCUUCAAUACGCCUGUACCACCCCCUCCUCCCGCCAUCGCCCAUUUAUAUCCUGACUUUGCCCAGCAAAAUCAGCAGCAAGUCGCGCAAAUGACUCCCGCCCAGAAGAAAGCAAUGGAACAAAAGAAACAGAUCGAAAGCAUGACUAGCAAGCUCAUGGAAGACAUGGAUAUGGAAGAGCCCCCAAGCAUCAAAUUCGGUGACGCUUCAGUUGCAGCUCCCUUCACUUCCAAGCUCAGUAAUGUGGUUGCCAUCAAUAACAUCAUUCGUCAAGGUCGCUGUACUUUGGUAGCCACCAUCCAAAUGUACAAGAUUCUUGCCUUGAAUUGUUUGAUUUCUGCUUACAGUUUGUCAGUUUUGUACCUGGAUGGCAUCAAAUUCGGAGAUUUACAAAUGACUAUUUCCGGUAUGCUGAUGGCUGUUUGUUUCCUUUGUAUCUCGCGUGCCAAGCCUCUUCAGCGCUUGUCCAAGGAACGUCCUCAACCCAAUAUUUUCAAUGGCUACAUCAUCUUGUCUGUACUGGGACAGUUUGCCGUCCAUAUUGCUGCUUUGAUUUAUAUUAAUGACUUGGCAAAGUUAUACGAACCCCCGAAGGAUGUCGAUUUGGAAGGAGAGUUCGAACCUAGUCUGUUGAACAGUGGUGUUUACUUGAUUCAACUGUCCAUGCAAGUCUCAACCUUUGCUAUCAAUUAUCAGGGUUACCCUUUUAGAGAACGUAUUCAGGAUAACAAGACCUUGUAUUAUGGACUGUUGUCGGUGGGCGGCAUCGCCUUAGCUGGUGCCACUGAGUUUUUCCCCGAAGUAAAUGAACAGCUGAAACUUGUCAAGUUUCCCAGCGCAUUUAGAGAUAAAUUGACUAUCUGUAUGAUCUUGGAUUUCGGUCUAUCAUAUCUGAUCGAAAUCGUUACCAAAGCGCUUUUCGCCGACAAUCGUCCCAAAGCCAUCGUCAAGCGUGGCCGACAAAACUAGAUCCACCAUGAGCCUUUCAUAUGUUUAAUAGAAAAAGAAAAAAUUUCCAUUAGCAAGCCCUUUUUCGAGGUUUUUAUGA